AUGACCAUCACCUACACAGCGCGGGUGGCUAAUGUCCGCUUUUGCAGUUUUUCCAAACUGCUGGUUCUCUGGAAAGGCAGCAUCUACAAACUCCUCUACAAAGAAUUCCUCGUCUUCUCCUUCAUGUACGCAGUGCUCAGCGUUGCCUACAGGUUUGUGCUGAUUGAGGAGCAGAAGAGAUAUUUUGAGAAACUGGCCCUGUACUGCAAUCACUAUGCUAACCUAAUCCCUAUGGCUUUUGUACUCGGUUUUUAUGUCACCCUUGUUGUAAACCGCUGGUGGAACCAGUACACCAGUAUCCCGCUCCCCGACCGGCUCAUGUGCGUCAUCUCGGGGAACGUGCAUGGGGCGGACGAGCGGGGUCGCAUGCUUCGUCGGACAAUGAUGAGAUACGCCAGCCUCUCUGCCCUCCUCAUCCUCCGCUCCGUCAGCACUGCCGUCAUCAAACGCUUCCCCACCAUGGAUCAUGUCGUCGAGGCCGGGUUUAUGACCAGAGAUGAGCGAAAGAAGUAUGAAAGUCUUCACUCUCCCUAUAACAAGUAUUGGAUUCCGUGUGUCUGGUUUACAAACCUGGCCGCAAAGGGACGUAAGGAAGGCCGAAUCAGAGAUGACAACGCCCUCAAGCUGUUAAUGGAGGAACUGAAUACUUUUAGAGCCAAGUGCAGCCUUCUCUUUCACUAUGACUGGAUCAGUAUCCCACUGGUGUACACACAGGUUGUUACAAUCGCAGUGUACAGUUUCUUCAUGACCUGCCUGAUUGGACGACAGUUUCUUGACCCUGCCCAGGGUUACGCAGGUCACGACAUUGAUUUGUACGUUCCUGUAUUCACCCUGCUUCAGUUUUUCUUCUACGCUGGCUGGCUGAAGGUAGCAGAACAACUAAUAAAUCCCUUUGGAGAAGACGACGAUGACUUUGAAACAAAUCGUUUGAUUGAUCGGAACUUUCAGGGUUGCAUUGACUGUAGUUGUGACUGUUGCAUUCAGGUGUCAAUGAUGGCGGUCGAUGACAUGUAUCAGGAUUUGCCCCUAAUGGAAAAGGAUCGAUAUUGGAACGAGUCCAACCCUCGCCCCCCAUACACUGCUGCCACCGUGUUUGUGCUGCAGAAACCGUCCUUUCAGGGAUCCACCUUCGACAUGACGAUUUCGAAAGACGACAUGCACUUUCAGCCGAUAGAAGAGAUCGAGGAGAAUCUGGAACAGGGCAAUCGGCACCACGUACCACUCUUCAGCCGUCUCUUACCCACUGGCCCCUCGCCACCCAGUUUCCGUAGCAACAUUGCCCGCAAUGCCCGGCCCUUCCAGUUGCUGAAGCGGGGGAACAGCGUCUCCUCGGAUGCUUCCAUGUACAGCUGCUUGUGCCAGGACACCCAGACCACUGCGUGCUCCUGUGGCACUUACAACGACCACAAGUCCCUGACCAAGAUCCAGUUCCUCUCGGAGAACGACAGCGAGCCGGAAAGGAAAGGGACCGAGGCCGAGAUGAGCAGUUUGAACCUCGGCGAGAAGGCUCUGCCUCCGGCCGUCCAAGAUUUCGGAACUGGGGACUUGAGCGGCAGGAACAAUGGGCUUCUAGAUGCCCCCAUUAAAGCUGCUGACCCCUCCACAGAAGCUGAACGUCACGGUCCGCUGUCUAUCUCCCCCGUCAGUAACUCCAGAGAGAAAUUUCCACACGGAGGGGAUUUGAUAUUUUCAUAUGAUCCACAGUUCGAGUCCUACGAAGACCACGACUGCAAAGUCCAGAGCCCUUUAGUGACUCAGCCUGUGCAGAAGCCCCCCGAUCACAAUCAGCCAGCAGCAGAAAAGAUUCCAGUGGCAGAAAAAGGCACAGGCUCAGCUCUCCCACCCUGCAACAACAACAACAACACUCCACCUUCAGUGGGGCCCAGCUUCAUGGAGACCGGUGCCUACCGGGGACCGUACGGUCUUCAGCAUCCAGGGGUGGGGGUGAAGACUGAGGCUCCUCUACUCCCUCUUUCUCCUGCUGAGGAGGAACCCGGAGAGAAGUCCGAUUGGCCCAGAAUGACCAAACGGUCUCUACGGGCAGACGGUGUGGAGGAUGAGAGCGUGCCCUUGCACAUCUCUGAGCCACCGCGCGUCAAUGGCAGGGAGUCCUUCCUUUCGAAAACCACAUCUCAGCUGUGA